AUGGAGGGCUUCCUGGAGGAGAAUAAGGAGGAUUUGAAGAACUGGAGAGGAGGCGGCAGCGGCGGCGGCGGCGGCGAGCGCGAGACGAGGCCCCGGGGCCCAAGCGGGGCCCCCAGCGCGCGGCCCGCCCCCGCCCCCCGCCCGGCCCCCUCCUCUCCCGCGCCGUCGCCCGCGCCCGGCGCUGCCCACUCGCGGGAGCCCCCGGGGCCGGACGGGCUGCGCAGCCGGAGAGGCGGGGGCCCGACGCGGCCCCCCCCGGAGCCGGGCGCCUGGCGCGGGGGCUCGCCGAGCGCACGGGGGGCCGCGCGGCGCUGCAGACCCAGCCUCCCGCCGCCGCCGCCGCCGCCGCCUCGGCGCUUGCAGAACCCAGAAGUGAACAGCAGGCGACCCGGAAGGUUUGCGCGCGGCUCCGCACCGAGCCGGAGCCGGAGCCCGGAGCCGGAGCCCCAGCCCGGCCCUACUCGGGCCGCCGGGCGCGGGGCUGCGGCCGCGUCCCGGAGCCGCCGCCAGCACAGCCAGGUCCGUGCGGGCCCGGAGCGCGGGGAGCGGGCCCGGCGGCGGCGGGCGCCCGCCCGCGGGAAAGUUGCGCCGAGUUGCGGGCGGGGGGCCGGCCGCGCGGGCCGGGGCGCUCAGAGGGCCCGGGGCCGCCUGCACCUCGGGCCCGGCCCGGAGCGGCGGCGGUAG